GAGGCCGCCACGCCGGGCGGGAAGUGAGCUCAGCGCACAGGAAAUCCCGCCCGCCUGGCCUGUGUUGUGCUGCCGAGGGGCAGAGAAAGGAGCCUAGCGACCGAGCGGGGCUGGCGCCGGAGACCACGGGCAGAGCCAUGUCUGACCAGGAAGCAAAACCUUCAGCUGAGGACUUGGGAGAUAAGAAAGAGGGAGAAUACAUUAAACUCAAAGUCAUUGGGCAGGACAGCAGUGAAAUUCACUUCAAGGUGAAAAUGACGACACAUCUCAAGAAACUCAAAGAAUCAUACUGUCAGAGACAGGGAGUUCCAAUGAAUUCGCUCAGGUUCCUCUUCGAGGGUCAGAGAAUUACUGAUAAUCAUACCCCCAAAGAGCUGGGGAUGGAGGAGGAAGAUGUGAUUGAAGUUUAUCAGGAACAGACAGGGGGUCACUCGACAGUUUAGAUCCUUCCGUCUGUUUUUUCUUUCCCCUUAAUCCUUUUUUAUUUUUAAAUAAUAGUUCUUUUGUAAUGUGGCGUUCAACACUGAACUGAAACUGGCACCCCAUCUCUGGGAACUUUAUUUUCAAACAUCUGAUAUCUUGAAUUCUCGUGCUCAUUAUACACUAUGAUUUCUGUUUUUAUUGUGCUGAACUCUUGUGAUCCAGCUGCAGCCCUGCUCCUUUCCCCCCUCCCCUUUAAAAUUACAUGUACACACAUGCAUUUGUAUGUUCACUAGGAUCGUGCAUUUCAGGCACGAAGGUUGUAAGAUCUGCCAGGUGAGCAAGUGUUCCUAAUGACUUCCAAAUCAGCCCUGAAGUUUUGAUGUGUGACUGUUUCACUCCUGGACUAUAACUUUCAGUGGGAGAUGAAGUUUUUCAGAGAACUAAACAAUGGAGAAAUUGUGUGUCCAUAAUUGAGAGCUGUUUUCCUUAAAUUGUGCUGGGGGCCCAGGAAAGAAGAUUGUGUCCAGUUGGAAAUGAAAAAGAUAGAACUGGUGUCAUCUGUACUUUCCUCCAGAGAUGGCUACGCAGAAGACAUAAAAUUGAAAACCCUGUUGAUUCUUAAAUUUUGGCAGAGGAGCCCAGAAAAGUUAUUUCAUAUAGCAAUUAAUACACAGAUAUUCAUGCAAGAAUGUACACAGCAGACACUUGUAGUAUUCUGACAUUCUCGUUUGUACCUUUUGGCCUGGGACAUGGGUUUUGAAUGGACGUUGUCUGUACCAGCUUCAUUAAAAUAAACAAGAAAAACAAUUUUAUAAACAUUAA